GGCGCGCGACUGCAGCGGGCGGCGAUGGCGGCGGACGGGGACUGGCAGGAUUUCUAUGAGUUCCAGGAGCCGGCCGGGACCCUUCAGGACCAGGAGAACUGUAACGCGAGCCCCGAGGCCGGGGCUGGGCCCGGCGGGGCAGGCGACGGCUUUGCGGCGCUGGCACGCAGCUUGGAGGAGAAGCUGAGCCUAUGUUUCCGCCCCUCGGGUCUGGGCGCCGAACCCCCGAGGGCGGUCGUGCGGCCCAUCACCGAGGGCAGCCUCCUCCAGGGGGACGAGAUUUGGAACGCCCUGACCGAUAAUUACGGAAAUGUCAUGCCUGUGGACUGGAAGUCAUCCCAUACCAGGACCUUGCACUUGCUCACGCUGAACCUCGCAGAAAAAGGGGUAAGUGACAGCUUGCUCUUUGAUACAUCAGACGAGGAGGAGUUGAGAGAACAGCUGGAUAUGCAUUCAAUCAUCGUCUCCUGUGUAAAUGAGGAGCCCCUCUUCACUGCAGAUCAGGUUAUUGAAGAAAUUGAAGAAAUGAUGCAGGAAUCACCUGACCCGGAAGAUGAUGAAACACCCACACAGUCAGAUCGGCUUUCGAUGCUUUCCCAGGAAAUUCAAACUCUUAAGAGGUCUAGUACAAGCAGUUAUGAAGAGAGAGUAAAAAGGCUCUCAGUAUCUGAAUUAAAUGAACUCCUGGAAGAAAUUGAGACUGCCAUUAAGGAAUACUCUGAAGAGCUGGUGCAGCAGUUGGCCUUGCGAGAUGAACUAGAAUUUGAAAAGGAAGUGAAAAACAGCUUUAUUUCUGUUCUCAUUGAAGUGCAAAACAAACAGAAAGAGCACAAAGAAACAGCCAAGAAAAAAAAGAAACUCAAGAAUGGCAGCUCUCAGAACGGGAAGAACGAGAGAAGUCAUAUGCCGGGCACAAUUUUGUGGCUCAUCUCACUUUGAAAAAAUACCGUGAUUGUCUUUUCUUUUACCACUAUCAACACAUAUGGAUCUUUACUUCCGUGCCAGGCCUGGGGGCUAAGGACACAAAGCGAUCCCAGCCUCCGGAGCGGGCUGCCUGUGGGCUGGGGACCUGCUGACAAACCAUUCACUUCACUUCAUGCAGUGCUUCUCACCCAGGCCAGUUUGCUCCCCACCAGACCGUGUCUGGAAAUGUUUGUCAUUGUCAAAGUCACAGCUGGGUGGGGUGGGGGACAGUGCCACUGGCGUCCUGCUGAGUAGAGGCUAGAGAUGCCAUUUAACACCUUGUAGUGCAUGGGCCUGCGCCCACAACAAGGAAUGAUAUAUUUACCCAAAAUGUCAGUGGUGUCGAGGUGGAGGAACGAAGGUAUAGUGUUGCUGUACUGAAAACGACAGCUGUGUUUUUAGUGCUUUUUCUGCCUGGCACUGUCCUGUGGUAGGUGUGUGUAUAUUGCUAUUGCCCUAGUUCGGCUUAGGGGUCUGGAAAGGCUGGACUGAGUCCUGAGGACAGGAAGUGUAUGGGCAAUUUCCUGGAGAUGACAGUUAGGGACAUGUGGGGAACUGCGGGCUAUUCAUUAUGACUAGAACUGGAGGGACAAAGCUAGAAGGAGAAAGAGGAAGUAAGUCAAAGAGAGGCUGUGCAAGUAGCAAACUGGAACCAGAAAAUGGAUGGCUUCGGAUGCCACACUGUAGCAUUUGGUCUUUAUUUAAAGGCUGUAGGAAACCAAAAAGAGGUUUUAAGUGGCUUGUUAGAUGUUCAGAUUUGUCUUUGGGAAGGGUAGCUUCAGUGUUUCAAAGAGAACUAAUUGGAGGGAGACCGUUAGGAAUAAGGAGUUGAUUUGGAGGCUGCGGCGGUCGUUCAGGUAAGAAAUGAGCCAAGGGAAUGUCAGUAGGGAUGAGAAAGUAGUUGCAGUUCAGAGAAAUAAGGAGCUUGACUGGCUCGCCACUGGGGGAGGGAGGGAUUGGGUCAGGUCACUGAUUUUUGACUUGGUAAGUGUUAGAGAGACACACACAUACCCUUCCUCCCAAGGGAGCUAGGCAGGUCCCAUCAACCUCACUGUGUCCUGCCUCAGGGUGCCAUCUUGCGGGGCUGGCUGGCCUUUCCGUCAGCGCUGGAUGUGGCCCCCGAUGGUGCAAAGGUUAAGCCUCUCAUCUCAGCACACACACAGAUGGAGAGAAGACAGCGCUGCUGCGAUACCAACUCACCGGAAGGUGGGGAGAAUGGAAGCGCCCAGUAGCUGCUGUUUCACAUCCUGCUGGAGAACACAGGACCCCUGUGCACUGGCCACAGAGCGAACUCCCUGGUCGGCCAGUUUGGCUGCUUGGGGUCUUAUUGUCUGAGAGAAUCUCCUUUGUACAUUGUCCCUUGUAGCUCAUCUGGGAGGCUGUGUAAUUCAUGUUUCAGCUCAGCUGUUGCCUCCUCAGGGAACUUGCCUUUGACCUCCUGGUACAAAGUAGACAUCCAGUUUUUAAUUGCCCUGUUGUAGCUAUCCGCAGGACAUCCAUCACGUGCAGUUUUCUACUUCAUUUACUUGUACUUUUUCUGCCCCUCCUAUACUGCGAUGUCAGCUCCUGAGGGUGGGAGGGGUCUUGGCUGACGUGUUUACUUUGAAUCCUUAAUACCUGCAAUAAUAACUGGUUAAAUACAUUUUUUGAAAGAAUUGACUUAAAUGAAUGAGAGGUAUAAAAUGCUGAAGGAGGAUCCGGUUUCUUAUUUUUGUUUGACUUUUGGUAGGGAGAGGAGGAUGAAUUUAGUUUCGGAUAUGAAUUUUAGGAAUAUUUAGGUACAGGUGUCCAAUAAGACAUUAAAUAUAAAAGAAUAAAGACAGUAAAGACAGCUGAUGUUUACUGAGCCUUUCCGAUGUGUCAUGCUCUGUUCUUAGCCUUUUACUGAUCUAAGCAAAGUGGAACUGCAGAUUGUUGGAGGCAAAAGUUGAAACUAUCGAGUGGGAACAUUCAGAGAGUGUCCAUGAGAAAAAAAUAGGGGCAAAACCCUGGGGACACCAGGGUCUAAGAGAUAAGCACAGAAAGAGGCUCCUCUCAGAAGAAGUAACCAGAGACACGGCGGUCGAGAUUCUGAGAGCGUGUGGUGUCCAGGAAUCGAGGAACAAGUUUGUGCAAGGAGGAGAGCUCGCUGGCUGUCUCGCUGUCUCAGAUCGGAAAAGUGCCUGUGGACUUCAGCAUCAAAGAAAUGACACCUGAGAGCUGUUCCAGGAAACCCUGGGGAAAGGAGAUGAGGUCAGGGGUUCAAGAAUUUACAGAUGCCUCAGGGAAAGAGCCAGCAGGAAGGGAGGGUUUGAAAAGAUUGUG